AUGAGACCGCCUGCUAUACAUAACAAAACAGACGCUCGUGGUUUAUUCGGGGGAAAGACGUUGAACAAAGCUGUCAAUCCGGAUGAAGCUGUAGCCUACGGUGCCGCCGUUCAAGCUGCCAUACUUAACGGCGACAAAUCGAAUAUCGUGCGGGAUUUAGUGUUGAUAGACGUUACGCCAUUGUCAUUAGGUAUUGGUUCUGGAAGAUACUUUGAUCACAUGAGUGUGGUCAUUAAACGUAAUACACCCAUCCCAGCCAGAAUAACGGAUGUUUUCUACGCGCUAGACGAUUAUCAAACUGAAAUACGUUUCCCAGUUUACGAAGGCGAGUAUCCUGAAACGAUGUAUAACCAUUUACUUGGCGAAUUCAUACUUGAGGGUAUCCCUUGCGCACCUGCUGGUGAAGUGCAAGUCGAUGUGACUUUUGAAAUCGAUUCCGACGGUAUUUUAAACGUAACCGCUGUCGAAAGAUCAACCGGUAAUUUCAAUCAAAUUAGCAUUAGGCGGGAUGACGGUCAUCUUACUCAGGAGGCAAUUGACUAUAUGGUUCAAGACGCUGAAAGAUGCCUGGAGACCAUGAUGCUGUGA